AUGCCCAGCACCAUCCGUGACCCGGACAAGGCAAAGUCCCCUUUUGGCCCCAACGUCAUCACCAUGACCCGCGACUUUGAGGUCCUCGAGAUGAGCGACCUGACCGAGUCGGGCCUGCGACGCACCGGCACCGGCGGCCUCUUCUCCGCGACCACGUCCUUCGCCGUCGUGACCGGCCCGUCAACCGACGGCGACGACGACGGCCCCGUGAAAGGGAAUUUGAUCAAGAGAGUGUUCGACAGCUUCCGCCCUGCCCCGCGCAGCACCCGACGAUACAAAGGCUACAGCCUCCACCAAGAUGUGCCGCCGGGUGAGCGGCGCUACGACGUGCGCGAGGCCAAUGCCAGGACCGUCUCGACAGGUCUCUCGCGCGAGCUCAAGGGCCGGCACCUGCAGAUGAUUGCAAUUGGAGGAUCUAUAGGCAUGUCCUGCUGGAGCUCACUCUCUCGCCAUCUUGUACUCUGGCGCACCGGCCUCUUUGUCGCGUCCGGCAUCGCCCUCUUCCAAAGUGGCCCGGCGUCCAUGAUCCUCGCCUACUUCCUUGUCGGCGUAGUCCAGUUUUGCAUCAUGCAGGCGCUCUGCGAACUUGCCGUCGCCUUUCCCGUCGCCGGUUCUUUUUCUGUCUUUUCUACCCGGUUUCUAGACCCUUCGUGGGGUUUUGCUAUGGGCUGGAACUAUGCCAUCCUCUGGCUCUUUUCGCUACCCCUCGAAAUCAUUGCCGGUGCCUUGACGGUUCAGUAUUGGAACGACCAACUGAGCCAGUCUCUCUUCGUCACCAUUUUCCUCGUCGUCAUUGGCAUCAUCAACCUCAUCGGCAUUAAGGGAUAUGGCGAGGCCGAGUUUCUCUUUUCUACCGUCAAGGUGACCGCCAUUGUUGGCUUCAUCUUGCUAGGUAUCGUCAUCAACAUCGGCGGUCCCCCGGACUCUGGCUACAUCGGCGGCCGCUUCUGGCUCGACCCCGGCCCGACCAGAAACGGCUUCAAGGGCUUCUGCAGCGUCCUCGUCACCUCGUCGCUCUCCUUUAUCGGCACUGAGCUCGUCGGCCUCGCCGCCGCCGAGGCCGCCAACCCGCGCAAAGCCCUACCCGGCGCCAUCCGGCAAGUCUUUUGGCGCAUCGCCAUCUUUUACCUCGUCUCGCUGCUCCUCGUCAGCCUGCUCGUGCCCUAUGACGACCCACGUCUCCUCAGCGCGUCCGACAUCAACGUCUCUCGGAGUCCCUUUGUCCUUGCCGUCGAGGCCGUCGGCACCACGGUGCUCCCCAGCGUCAUGAACGGCGUCAUCCUCCUUGCCGUGCUCAGCGUCGGCAACUCGGCCGUCUUCGGCUCCUCGCGCGUCCUUGCCGCCCUCGCCGAGCAGUCCCACGCCCCGCGCAUCUUCAGCUACGUCGACCGUGGCGGCCGUCCGCUCGUCGCCAUCCUCUUCGCCCUGAGCCUCGGCCUGCUCGCCUACCUCAUCGAGGUCCACGUCCAAGCCAGGAUCUUUGACUGGCUGCUCAGCAUCUGCGGCCUCUCGAGCCUCUUCACCUGGAUCAGCAUCUGCCUCAGCCACGUCCGCUUCCGUAGCGCCUGGGCCGCCGCCGGCAACACCCUCGACCAGCUCCCCUACCGCUCCCAGGCUGGCGUCAUCGGCUCCUGGUUUGCCAUCACGGCCAACGUCCUUGUGCUCGCCGCCCAAUUUUGGCUCGCCGUGUCGCCGCUGCUCCCUCCAACGGUGCGCCCGCUGACCACCUCACAGACGACGCACAACUUCUUCCGCAAGAUCCUAACGAUACCCGUCGUCUUCGGGUUUUACGCAGCCCACAAGUUGUGGUUCAAGACAAAGAUCAUCACGCUGCAUGAAAUGGACUUGGACACGGGUCGGAGCUUCUCGCGCCGACAAGUCAUGACUGCCAACAGCGAAGACAGUUCUAGUCAGUGGCCGUUGUGGAAGAAGGUUUAUAAGUCAUUGUGUUAG